UUCCCCGGCAAGGACUCCAGCCCGGGCAUCACCUUCCAGGUCCUCCCCCGGCAUGUCACCGUCCGGCAUGUCACCGUCCGGCAGGCAACCGUCCGGCAAGUCACCGUCCAGCAGGUCACCAUCCGGCAAGUCACCGUCCAGCAGGUCACCGUCCGGCAGGUCACCAUCUGCCAGGCCGGCCUCCACAGCAUCCCCUCCGAGGAGAGUGCACCUGGUCAGAGCAACACCCGUGGGGGCCACACCCACCCGGGCCUCUCCUGCCACAUCAGCACCAGCCACCAGGGCCGCCGGGGAGACCCCAGGUGCCCGCUCCCCCAAGUUCUCCUGGCAGGAGGGCCAGAAGCGGCUGCCGCUCAUCGGGUGCGUCCUGCUGCUCAUCGUGCUGGUGGCUUCCCUCAUCCUGCUCUAUGGGGGACGAGAGCCCCAGAGUUCGAGAGGGAUUGCAGUCUACUUCUGGAGGGGCCACACGAGGAUCAAGUACAAGGAGGCGGUGGAGAGCUGCCCCCGGCACGCUGUGCGCUGCGACGGCGUGGCCGACUGCAAGCUGAAGAGUGACGAGCUGGGCUGCGUGAGGUUUGACUGGGACAAGUCUCUGCUCAGAGUCUACUCGGCCUCCUCCCACCAGUGGGUCCCCAUCUGCAGCGACAGCUGGAACAGCUCCUACUCGGUGAAGGCCUGCCAGCAGCUGGGCUUUGAGAGUGCUUACAGGACAGGCGAGGUGGCCUACAGGGGUGCCACCAGCAGCUUCUCCAUCUCCAAAUACAACUCCACCCUCCAGGAAAGCCUCUACAGAUCUGAAUGCCCUGCCCAGCGGUACGUCUCUCUCCAGUGUUCCCACUGCGGACUGAGGGCCAUGACCGGGCGGAUCGUGGGAGGGGCACUGGCCCCCGAGAGCAAGUGGCCUUGGCAAGUCAGCCUGCACUAUGGCACCACCCACAUUUGCGGGGGCACACUGAUCGACUCCCAGUGGGUGCUCACGGCUGCCCACUGCUUCUUUGUGACCCGGGAGAAGAUCCUGGAGGGCUGGAAGGUGUACGCCGGCACCAACAACCUGCAGCAGCUGCCCGAGGCGGCCGCCAUCUCCCAGAUCAUCAUCAACGGCAACUACUCCGACGAGCAGGACGACUACGACAUCGCCCUCAUGCGCCUCUCCAAGCCCCUGGCCCUGUCCGCUCACAUCCACCCGGCCUGCCUCCCCAUGCACGGACAGACCUUCAGCCUCAAUGAGACCUGCUGGAUCACGGGCUUUGGCAAGACCAGGGAGACAGAUGACUUCCCCCUUCCUGAGGGAGGUGCAGGUCGGCCUCAUCGACUUCAGGAAGUGCAACGACUUCCUGGUCUACGACAGCUACCUCACCCCCAGGAUGAUGUGUGCGGGGGACCUGCGGGGCGGCCGCGACUCCUGCCAGGGGGACAGCGGGGGUCCCCUGGUCUGCGAGCAGAACGGCCGCUGGUACCUGGCAGGGGUCACCAGCUGGGGGACGGGCUGCGGCCAGAGGAACAAGCCCGGCGUGUACACCAAAGUGACGGAGCUCCUGCCCUGGAUAUACAGCAAGAUGGAGAGCGAGGUGCGCCUCCGGAAGCCCUGAGCGGCCUGCCUACCUCACCCGCUGCUGGAGGCUGCGAGGCCGGCCAUGCGGCACCUGGCUCAGGCCACCGGGCCCUUCUCCGCUGCUCCCUGCCUGCUGCUCAGCGGACAUGCAAUGUGUGUGUGCGUGUGUGCGUGCGUGUGUGUGUGCUUGGGGUUGUGUGCAUGCAUGUGUGCACGUGUGGGUUGUGCAUGCAUGUGCUUGCAUGUGCUUGCUCUCCCAAGAUCUUCAGAAACCAGGAGGGCGGUCAGCUCUUCCCAAACCCCAGGCUGGACACCUGGGAACCACAGUGUGGCGCCUGGAGACACCCACAGGUGUGUCCUGCGGAGGAGAAGCGCCGGGAAGGGCCUGGAAGGUCACAUCGGGAAUUGUCGCCCCUCUGGCCCAGAACACGCAGCCGCCGGCAGCCCGGUGACACCAGCACGUCCGGGGUGGUGACGGUCUCGUCCGAGCGCCCGCCGUCCCUGGCAGGAGGAUGCUCCGUUGGCAUCGCCAGCAUCUGCCCCCUGCCUACCCACGGCGCUGUGUGUAGAGCGUGGCCGCGCCGGCCGGGCUGACCCGGGAGACAGGGGUCACCGAUCGUGUUUGGUCACAGCGGUUGGGUGUGGCCUUGACUUUAUUUUUAUAUUUAAGAAACAGAGUUGGAUGUAUUUUUAAAGACUCUCCCCAAAUGCCUGCAGAUAGGAGAGCGAGCAUCGGUCACGCUCAGAGCUCCGAGGGCCCACGGGCCGAGCCUCCCCGGGGCUGGGGCAGGUUCCCGGCCUCCGGGGCUGCGGGGCUCCUGUGCCUCCUCAGGGAGGUGAACCUCGGAAAGGGGGCGGACCAAGGGCAGAGAGAGCCACCUGGCGCUCACUCAGGGCUCCGCCCGGGGCAUGAGGAAUGGGUGCUGCUCCUCCUUGGGCCCCGGAGGCGGGGAAGCCGUCUGGGGACUUCGGAGCUUUUUCUCCGCUUUCUCCAUUUCCAUCUCUCAGCUGUUUCCGAAACAUAACACUGACAUGAACGUUGCCAUGGAGAGGACGCGGACACUGCCCCCAGGGUCCCCCUCCCCACGGCUCUUCUGAAUGCUCCCCUGCCCGGCCCUGCGAGCCCUCAGGGCACCUGCCUCCAUGGCAGCCCCAGGCCUGGACCUCCCAGCCUCGCUCCCACUCCUCCCGUCCGGUUCUCCUCACCGGGCCUGGGCCUGUCUGGUGGUGUACGGCUCCCAGAGGCAGGGCCCAAGCAGAUCGCCCGACCCAGCCAUGGCAGGCAGCCGCUCCGGGAGGUUGCCUGGAAGAGCAGGUGGAGUGGCGAGUGGCUGGGCAGCGCUGGAGGGCUGGCCACGUGCUAUGAAGGCUGGGGGUGGAGGGCGGGCAGCGUGACCUCCCCCAGCCCCCAGCAAUGGCCGUCAGCAAUAAAAGUCGUGUGAACACGUUG